AUGCCCCCCCAAGAAAAACCUCCGAAAACAGAGUCCACAUUCAUACACCCCGUGCGCAUCUCUGCCAAACAUCAAACACGUCCGACAGACGCGAUGGCCACAGCGCAUGACAAAAAUCUCGACUCCGCCGCCCGAUUGCCCAUCCACCACGCAAGUGUGACAAAAGUGCGUGGGGAAUCGGAUCUUGGGAAUGGUCAUGCGCCGUUCAAUCUCCGAGGCGAGUUCUUUGCCCUUUUCGACGCGGGCGCGAAGGAUAUGGAUGCGGGUUUUGAGUGUUGUCUGGGCUGGGCUGGUGGUGGUGAUGAUGAUGAUGAUGAUGGUGGUGACUGGAGGGAGAAGAGGGAAGAGGAGAGGAGAACAGGGCAGGUUUGGUGA